GAUAUUUUUUGUAGUGAAAUAUAUUUUAUCCUUGUAUUUAUAGAUUUAACUAACUUAUAAUAAUGGAUGUAAAGAAUUUGGAAACCUAUUCUAUUAUAGGUUUUGAUGGAUCAGCAAUCAGAGGCCUCAAAGUCCACCCGGAUGGCGCACACAUCGUAUACCCAAUGGGUAACAAAGUCUGCAUUCAGGAAUGGAAGACCAAGAAAAUGUACUUCCUCAGCGGACACUCCAACAGCGUGUCCACGGUGGCGUUGUCUCCGAAUGGCACGUUUGUGGGGUCUGGUCAAAUAAACCAUAUAGGUUUCAAGGCAUCUGUUAAAGUGUGGGAUUUUAAGAAUAAAGCAAUGCUCGGAAGUCAUGAGCUACAUAAGGUUCGUGUAGAAGCAUUAGCGUUCUCAGCUGAUGAACGAUACUUGAUAUCUCUGGGUGGCCGUGACGACGGGUCCGUGGUGCUGUGGGACUGCUUGGCCGGCGCUGCCACCGGUACAGCAGCAGCCUGCAAACUCACCACCGGAGAUGCUAUGACACUCACCACCUUGAACUUGAGGCCCAACGCAUUUGUCACGGGCGGCGACUGCAAUCUCAGAGUGUGGAACAUAAGAGCAGAGAGCAAGAAUUUGGACGUGGUCGACGUGUCUCUGGGCAAGUUGCGCAGGAGUGUGAGGUGUAUUGCCAUCAGCAACGAUGAUACCUUCGGAUAUGCGGGAACUACAACCGGGGACAUGAUAAAGUUCUCAAUAAACUAUCCUUCGGACCCGACUGCGUCUGUGGCCGAUAUCAAGCCCACAUUCCUCGGGUGUCUAGCACGAUGUGGACCCUGGAAGAAGGGACGGCGACCGGAGUCCAUGUGUUACAGUCAAGGUAUCGAAUCAAUAAUAAUAAUGGCUGACGGUUGUUUGAUCGUGGGCGCGGGAGACGGUACAGUUGAGGUCCUGGACGAGAUCAACUGGAAAGGGGACUUCCCCAAGGGGAAGAUACUGAGCCCCAACCGGCCGCAUUUCAAAGCCUUAAAAUCCACAAAACUGGACGGCAGCAUCACGUCUCUGGAGCUGAUGGAAUCUCCGAGUGUGAGAAACGAGUCGCGCCUACUUCUGGCAGGGACGCGUACCAGCGAGAUAUACGCCAUUAACGUGGCCACAUUCUCGCCCAUCCUGGUGGUCACCUGCCAUCGUUGUGCUAUCAACGACAUCGCGUUUCCCAGGGGCAUGUCAGGAGUGUUCGCUACAGCUGGUUCAGGUGAUAUCCGCGUGUGGAGCCUAGAGAGUUGCCAGGAGUUGCUCCGCAUCGUGGUGCCCAAUUUCGUCUGCUCCGCUGUUUUAUUCUCUGCUGAUGGAAAAUCUAUAGUCUCUGCGUGGAACGACGGCAACAUCCGCGCGUUCACCCCGCUGACAGGGCGGCUGAUGUACUGCAUCUACAGCACACACAACAAGGGCACCUCCGCGCUAGACAUGACGCACGACGGACGCACGCUCAUAUCCGGUGGCUGCGAAGGACAGGUCCGUGUAUGGGAUAUAAAGCCUGAAUGCCAGACCUUGAAGAAGGUGUUGAAAGAACACAAAAGUCCAGUGUCUGCGAUACAAGUAUCUCCCAACGAUACGGAGGCUGUGAGCGCCGGCACCGACGGCUCCUGUAUUAUAUGGGACUUGCUAUCGCUGUCCCGCCGUCAAGUAAUGUACGCGAACACGUUGUUCAUGUGCGUAUGCUUUGAGCCGCUCGGCUGCCAGCUGCUGUCGGGUGGUACCGACCGUCGCGUCGCCUACUGGGAGGCAGGCAGCGGGAACCUCGCCAGGGAGAUAGAAGCGAGCAAAGUGGGGGCUAUCAAUGGAUUGCACAUAUCAUACAAUGGAGAGCUCUUCGUGACUGGUGGAAAUGAUCAGAUGGUUAAGCUGUGGAAGUACCAGGAGGGUAUAUAUACGCACAUGGGUCUGGGUCACGCGGGAGCGGUCACGUGCUGCAAGUUCAGUCCGGACGCGCGCCACGUGGUCAGCUGCUGCGCCGCCGGCACCAUCAUCGUCUGGAAGACGCCUCAGCAAUACCUCCAAAAAGAACAAGCACAAUCAGCCCGUGAUGGGCGGCCUGAGACCGCUAAGACUCUGCAAGAAGAAUUACGCUUGCCACUAGAGAAUAAACCCGUACAGAGAGCUUCGGGAGAUCGCCAGCACAAAAUACCCGCUGCCCCAUCGAAGGUGGAGAAAAUAGAAGCAAUGGACACGAGUCGGAGUAGCGUCCACUCGUGCUGCCCCUGCGAGGCGUCGGUGCGGACCAACAAAACCACAUCGGAUAAAUCAAGCAAACCAUCGCCGAAAGGCAGCGCUGGCAGCAAAUGCUGCAGGCCGCCAGAUAAUCUACCAACACGGACAACUAGCAAAGAGUUUGUGAAUAGUGGAGGAGGGAAUAAAAAAUAACAAGAUAAUCUGACAAUACACCUAAUGUGUUCAUAACUCUAAUAUAACUAUAAUAAUAUUUAUAUUGAAAUGUA